UAUGUCACAAUGGCGUUAAUACUAUAUUACUAAUACUAUAAUAUUAAAGGACGAGAGCUCUUUGCCCUUGUUUACAGUCUUCAUGCUAAGCUAAGCUAACUGGCUUGAGAUGUUUUAAUUUCCGACAUGCAUUAACAAGACAGAAAUUAAGAUAGUGAAAACUGUGACCUCAGUGUCCUUCAGGCUUGAGUUAUAUGGUAUGAAUACUUUUUACUUGAUACAUCCUUUAUUUCUUUAUAGUAUUCCAUUAAAUGAUGAGAGCCAUGUGGAGGCAAUCAUCCAAUAAAAGAUAUGCUCUGAAUUUAGCAUAGAGCACCUUUAAAAGAGCGUUGAUUUGAUCAGAUUGUGUUGCUUAUAAUCUAAAGUUCUUUACACCUUUUUGUAUUUGAGUAAACUCUUUCAGAACCCUGUUUAGGUCAAAGUGACCUUUAAGUUUGCAGGAGGUAUCACUGACCUUUUGUUCACGUGUUGCUCACAACAUGAAUGUGACUUUGGUCAUUUGUUCUUUUCUAUUUUUAUCUGAAUCUAUUUUGGAGAGCUGUGAAUUAACUGAGAGGGAAGCUGCUUCGCUCUGUGUCUCUUUGCUCUCGCUCUUCAACUUCUGGAAACGCUUCAAACUCUGGUUUCACUUUCAUGGAGCAUAUUGUCUUGAGGGUCACUUUCAGAGAAUUGCAAUGUCAGCGCAGGGAAGUGAGUCUGAGGACGGCAGCAGCUGUGACGAAAUAAAUCUGCCACGUUGUUCCUCAGCCAAAUUAACCGUUGUGAUCGGAGGCGCUCACUUCUCUGAGGAGAAAAUGUUUCUUGUUCAGAGUUGCGACUAUUUCCGAGCUUUGUAUCGCUCUGGGAUGAAGGAGUGUCGACAGGAGGAAAUCCACCUGAAGUCUCUUCACCCUCGAGGUUUCCUCAUCGCUCUGGCGGUGUUACGAGGGGAUAUGAUCGAUCUGGACGGGGACGAGAUUGUCGAAGCCAUCGAAUGCGCUUCCUUCUUGCAGGUGGCGCCUCUCACCAAGCAUCUCAUCAACCUCAUCGACUCUGACAACUGUUUGCUGAUGUUUCACACCGCUGCCACCUUCGGCCUCAUGGACCUUUACUCUGCUGCCGCGCUGUUCAUCAGAAACAUGUACGCCGACCUGGAGGCGGAGGUGAAGAGAUCCUUGCCGUCAGAACUGAUCUCCUACGUGGAGUCUUUGACUCCGAGUGUUUUCGUGGCUGUUGGGGCUCAUGUAUCUUGUGGCGUGGAUGAAACUGUACACACCGAUUCCAGGACCGUCUGCUACUUGGAUGAAACUGCCAACAACUGGAAAGUAUUGACAGAUCUUCCACUAGAUGCCAGCACCUCCAUGGCUGGGGUAACCGUUUUAGACAACAUGCUGUACAUCGUCGGAGGAGUUCAUGGACGCAACAAAGAAGUUGUGGACUCCUGUUUUUGCUACAGCGUCGAGAACAACACUUGGAGCCGGAUAUCCAGUCCGGCACAACUGCGAUACAACCUUAGCCUCGUUGGUCUCGAUGGUCGUCUUUACGCAAUUGGUGGAGAGUACGAGCAAACUGUGAUGUCUUCUGUGGAAAUAUUUGACGUUAAGUCCGGGAAAUGGAAGUUUGCCGCUCAUUUACCUCGUCCGGCGGCAGGAGCGGCAUGCACCAAAGCCAUGAGCCGGAUAUUUGUGUGUUUAUGGAGGCCGAUGGAGACCACAGAGAUCUACGAGUACAUGUCAAGGAAAGACGAAUGGCGGCUUGUUACCACGCUGAUCCGGAAGCAGAGCUACGGACACAGCAUGGUGGGCCACAGGGACAACUUGUACGUGGUGAGAAACGGGCCGUCGGCCGACUUCCUCAGAUGCCUCAUGGACUGUUAUAAUCUCACCUCGGGACAGUGGUCGUCUCUACCGGGACAUUUCGUCAACAGCAAAGGCUCUCUGUUCACGGCGCUGGUGAGAAGUGACUCUGCGCUCACGCUCAACAGGAGCAUGACACAAGAGUUCGCCAUCAACGGUAAAACAUGGAAGCCCAGACGGCAGAUGAAGGGUUUCCCCAGGAGUGGAUCUGUGUGGACGUUUCUGCUCCGGCUGCCAGACGCCCGAAUGCUGCAGUAAUGGUUUCAUUUUACUCUGGGAUUUUCUGCACUGUCAAUGUGUUUGUACACUCAGACAUGUAUUUUCCACACGCACAGGAUGUGUUUGUGGUGUUACAUCGUGGGUUUGGAGCCAAUGCUUCCAUUUAUUGUAGCAACGGUACAAUGUUCGCAUCAUGAGAGCAAAAGUUAUGAUGUCAAAAAAGCCCCAUUAAGGGUGUAUGCCCCAGUUUUGGUAAGGCAAGGCAAGUUUAUUUAUAUAGCACUUUUCAACACAAGGCAAUUCAAAGUGCUUUACAAAAAAUGAAAAACAUUAAGAA